CUGAGUGUGCCAUCACAUUGUUCUUACUUAGAGAUGUUCAUUUUGACAUAUUCAGCAGUUUUGAUAAGACAUCAGUGCCAGCAUCAGUCAAUAACUUGCUAUGGGAGACACCCGGUACCAGACACCUAAAGGAAAUGAUCUGCCCUGCACAUUACCAGAAAACUAUGAGGUUCUGGACAUUGUGGGGAAGGGGUGCUAUGGAGUUGUAGCAAAAUGUUAUAAACAAGACUCCAAAGAGACAGUGGCAGUUAAGGUCUCACAAUACACCAAAACAGCAAAGAAGGAGAUUUCGAUGUUGACUAACCUCAUGAAAAAAGGCCUGCAUAAGUACAACAUUAUCCAGUUUCAUGAGUCAUUUGAAUUGGAAGAGGGAAAUGCACUGGUGUUUGAGAUACUGGACAUCAGCCUGCAUGAUUACAUGACACAGAGACAUAUAGCUCGUCUUCCAUCAUAUGUCAUCAGAGCUCUCAUCCAGCAGCUGGCUACUGCACUCAAUGUCCUGAAGAAAGUUGGCGUGAUCCACACAGAUAUAAAAAUGGACAACAUUAUGUUGGUGGACCGCCUAAGGAAGCCCUUCAGGGUAAAACUUAUUGAUUUUGGCUUGGCAAUUCCUAGAUCGCAAGCCCGUCAAGGAGGUGUUUAUCAGCCUCAUCCCUACAGAUCACCAGAAAUUAUCCUGGGAGCCCCAUUCACAGAGGCCAUUGACAUGUGGUCACUAGGCUGUGUUAUGGCACUAAUGCAUGGAAGGAGACUUUUCCCUAGGUGCUCUGAACAUAACCUGAUUAAAUACAUGACUGACUUCUUUGGCCAACCAGCAGACGACUUUCUGGAUACUGGUUUAAAAACAGAACAAUUCUUUGAAAAACAUUCUGGCAGUCAGUGGAGUUUGAAGAAAUGUGAGGAGACUGGGAGCCCUGGACAAAGAAGACGCUACACAUUGUGUUCCCUGGAUGCAUUGAAGACAAUGGAUUUGGAUGAGGAGGACCUGGAAGAAGUUACUGACAGAUGGGAGUCUAUCGAGCUCAUGAAAAAGAUGCUACAAAUGGAUCCACGAGAGAGGAUUACCCCCAAGAAAGUCCUUAGACAUCCCUUUAUUACCAAGAGCCAUCUGAUUGGUAUCUCAUGGUCAACCUUUCCAUCAGAGGAUGUCCUUGUGCAGCCCCUAGAUUCAAGAGGCUUGAAAGAGAUUUGGUUGACAGCAAAAGAGGAAAUUUUCUACAGCACUGGAAGCACUUCUGACAGUUUCUGGUCAGCUUUAACAACAACACCAAAAGAUGUACUGCAUCAGCUGACCUGUUCAGUCAACAGCAGUUCUCAGACUGAACAACAUUCACAGAGGAGUUUUCUGACAGGAGGUUUCCCUCACAUCAGCAGUCCCACUGACAUCUUCUGGUCAGUGCAACCAGAAAAUAUUGUGGAUCAGCCAAUAAAUUCAGAUAACAGCACCUCUCCAGAGGUAUUAACAACAGCCAAACAGGAGUUUAUGAACAGCAUCAACAGAAUUUGA